UUGCGUAAUUAAUGGUUUCCAGAGAACAGAACGUGGGUCCGCAGGAUAGGCCACUAUUAACGUUAAAUAAGAAGUGUAACUCACAUGUACCAAGGAAUCAAAAUAAAAGAUGGGCUUCAUGAGGCUUUUGUUACCAAGGCAUUCAAAUUUCGUGAGAAAUUUCGCUCAAACUCGCCGGUGCAACGGUUAUUAUGACGGUUCGAUCUGUUCACGGAGUGCAAGAUAUUCAACGGCAUCGCUGGUAUCUAAAGAUGAUGUACGGAAGAUCAGGAACAUUGGUAUCUCAGCCCACAUUGACUCGGGCAAAACAACUCUCACAGAGCGAUUACUCUUCUAUACAGGAAGAAUUAAAGAAAUGCAUGAGGUGAAAGGUAAGGACAAUGUUGGUGCUACCAUGGAUUCCAUGGAGUUAGAGCGUCAACGAGGGAUCACUAUCCAGUCUGCUGCCACCUAUAUCUCAUGGAAGGACAACAAUAUUAACAUCAUUGAUACGCCAGGCCAUGUGGACUUCACGGUGGAAGUUGAGAGAGCCCUGAGGGUGCUGGAUGGGGCGGUCCUGGUCCUGUGCAGCGUGGGCGGGGUCCAGAGUCAGACGCUAACGGUCAACAGACAGAUGAAGAGAUACUCCGUUCCCUGCAUAGCAUUUAUCAACAAACUAGACAGAACGAAGGCUAAUCCACACAAAGUUCUGAGCCAGCUCCAGUCCAAGAUGAACCACAAUGCAGCAUUCCUCCAACUUCCGAUCGGUUUAGAAUCAGACACCAAGGGUGUGGUCGAUCUCAUUCACAGGAGGGCGCUGUACAAUGAAGGGAAUGCUGGAGAAGAAAUCCGAGAAGCUGAAGUGCCGGAGGAUAUGAUGGCAGAUGUUGAAGAAUACAGACAAAAAUUAAUUGAAUCACUGUCAAACGUAGAUGAUGAGCUUGGAGAGAUGUUUCUUGAAGAGAAGGAACCUAGUGAACAGGAAAUCAAGGAUGCUGUAAGGAGGUGCGUGCUGAAGAGGACGUUCACUCCGGUCAUGAUGGGAACUGCGCUCAAGAACAAAGGUGUACAACCUCUUCUGGAUGCGAUCAUAGACUACCUACCUAAUCCAACGGAAGUAAACAACUAUGCUUUCAAUGACCAAGAUGAGAAAGUAAAGAUGAGUCCAAUCAGAGAUAACUCUGAUAAGUUUGUUUCCUUGGCUUUCAAACUAGAGGCAGGAAGAUUUGGCCAGUUGACUUACAUGAGGGUGUACCAAGGUUGUUUACAGAAAGGACAGUAUAUCUACAACACUAGGACGACUAAGAAAGUGAAGGUCUCUCGUCUUGUACGGAUGCAUGCUGAUACAAUGGAGGAUGUUAGCGAGGUGUAUGCUGGAGACAUCUGCGCUUUAUUUGGUAUCGAAUGUGCAAGCGGAGACACUUUCACUACCGAACCUAAGACAAAGAUAUCUAUGGAACCCAUGCAUGUCCCUGAUCCAGUCAUCUCACUUGCUAUCAAGCCAGAAAAGAAGACUGAUCUGGAUAACUUCUCUAAAGCCAUCAACAGAUUUACAAGAGAAGACCCUACUUUCACUGUAUACUUUGAUGAUGAAAGCAAAGAGACUAUAGUAUCUGGAAUGGGUGAGCUUCAUUUAGAGAUCUAUGCACAGAGAAUGAGGAAUGAAUAUAAUUGUCCGGUCAUCACUGGUAAACCUAAGGUAGCCUUCAGAGAAACCAUCACUGGUGAGGUCGACUUUGAAUAUCUUCAUAAGAAACAGUCUGGAGGAGCUGGCCAGUUUGGGAAAGUAAUUGGAACGAUAGAACCCCUGUCACCUGAGCAGAACACCAAAUUUGAGUUCAUUGAUGAGACUGUCGGGACCAACAUCCCUAAACAGUUUGUACCGGCUAUUGAAAAGGGAUUUCUUGAAGCAACAGAGAAGGGCCCCCUCAUUGGUCAGAAGAUAACUGGCAUCCGUGUAAGGUUGUUUGAUGGACAGCAUCACAUGGUCGAUUCUAGUGAGCUAGCUUUCAGGCUUGCUGCCAUUGGAGCCCUCAAACAAGCAAUGGAAAAAUCACACAACCAAAUACUUGAACCAAUCAUGGAUGUGGAAGUUAACGCACCCAAUGAGUUUCAAGGGGCUGUCAUCGCUGGUAUCAACAAGAGGACGGGGGUCAUCCUUGGCAGUGACGGUGGGGAAGGGUACUUCACUCUCUAUUGUGAGGUACCGUUGAAUGACAUGUUUGGCUAUGCCACGGAGCUGCGUUCAUGCACCCAAGGCAAGGGUGAAUACUCCAUGGAUUACAGCCGGUACCAGCCAACCAGGCCUGCAGUCCAGGAGGUACUGGUCCAGGCCUAUCAGACAGAACAUGGACUAGUCAGGACCGCAAAGAGGUCCAGAUGAUGAAAGUUUAUUUAUUCCUUACGGGAAUGGGAGUGUGCAUUUUGUGGUUAAGGACUGAGUUAACUUGUGGAAGAAACAACAGCUAUUUGUGCCGGACUUUCAGUAAACC